AUGCAGCCUUCAAACUUCUGGCUCCUCGCUUCGGGACUGCUCGCAGUUCGCGCGGCUGGCGACCCAACCCCCGACACUGGCGACGCAUCCGCCAACCCUCAUUCCUUACUCACACGGCAGGCGUAUGGCUACUAUAUGAAGUGCUCUGGCAAAGAGACUGGCAGCUGGAAGAUUGGCAAUACCGAGAUCAACAAGUCUGUUUGUCAGUCAAACUGCGGAUGCCCCAGCGGCGGGUUCAGUUGCCUCUCUUACGGCCAGGCCUCGGCGGGCCAGAUGAAAGACAUCUGUGGCGGCACAAACCGUUCCGAGUACGCCUGCCGCUGCUACAUCACGCCAGGGUGCAAGCGUAGCUUGGAGGGGAGGGUCGUUUGCAAGCGCGGCGUCGAAAGCGAGCCCGAGCUCGAGGAGGAGCUGGUGCCGGUGCCUCCGGUUGAUGCCUGA